AUGGCUGCCCCUGGACCAAGCGGUGACCCUGCAGUUCCAGAGGCAAUAACCUUGAGCGGCUUGACUGAACCCAACCAGUUGGCAGACGCAGCGGCGUGCAAGGUUGAUGUACCAGCCGCCUCAGCAGGCCAGGGCACCGCCUCGGCGUCUUCUUCCAAACCUUCAUCCCCAGCUCACUUGUUACCAUCUGCGCUGGCUGAGACUGUGGCUCGCAGCAACAACACCGCCGGAGCAUUUCCUUCACCGCAGACAGGUCGUGGGGCAAUCACACGGUCAUCAUUAACUCGACAAAAUGUCGGCAGACAAGCUUCGCUAUCAUCCCGCGUAUGUGGGGCGCGUACGAAGUCUACGAGGUCUGGUGCUGCCAUUGGCCCCAUAGAACAGCAGCGUGACACAGCUGAAACACAUGCAGGCGCUCGCGAAGCACACCGCACCUGCAGAAACUAUGGUGGCAGCUCCCUCCAGCCAGCAGUUUGCAGUGAAGUUUCUCCUUCGUGCAGGGGAAGGGGAGCUAAGGGUUCUGGGCGAUCAGUGCUGGAAGCUGGUGCUGUUGCAACACCUGUGCCUGCAACUGAUGAAGGUGGCUGCGGCAGAGGGCUUCGCCGUGUAGCAGCGGACGCGGGCGCUGCAGGACCAGCAUGUGCUGCAACACCCCAGGCUGCGGCAGAUGAUUCCUCUUCUGCUGCUUCAGCGACUCCAGCUGUAUCUCUAGAUUACCGAGGACCGCGUCGGUCCCUCCGCCAGGCCCUUCUAGCGAAUUCAGGGAAGACGCAGGUUCCCGGGACAGCGGGCUGCGGUUCCACAGCAGGUGAGGCUCUUCUUGGUGGAAACACAGCAGCGCCGGCAACGGGGCCAGGUCCAGGGAAUCCAGCUGCUGCUAUGACAGUCAGCGGUGGAGCUUUUGCAGGACCUGGCGCUGCUGCUGGAGGGAGGAGGCGCAUGCGGCAGCCGCAUCGGCAGCUCCUGCAGAGCUAUGUAGUGGGGCAGCAGCACCAACAGACGGGGCCCCAAGCUGACGAGAGAACGACGUGUCUUGCAGACUGGCUCGAUAUACGAGGAAGCACCCCCCGUUGCUGCUGCGGUGCAAGCUGCGUUUCCUGCAACACUAACUGGAGUGGCAAAGCAAACAACGCUAGCACUGUUGAGGGAACAUUCGGUGGCUCAAACCGCGGAGGUGGAGGAAGCAGCUCACGUAGCAUCCUUGAUGUGCAUGCAUCAGCAGCAGCGAAGCGGGACAGGCAGCAGCGGCAGCAGAUGCAGCAACAGUGUUCAGGAGGGUCAGGUUUUGAAGCACAGCAGUCAGACGCGAGAUCAGGGGAUGGGAUUCUUGUGUGCCCUUCUUGGUUUGAAUCGCCCCUCGAGCUGGAGGUGCCCACUGGGCUGAGUUGCAUCCGUCCCUCGUCUCCUUCUCGGUCUGCAAUUUUUGCCUCUCAACAGGCUGCGUGGGAAGAGGAGGACAUAGUGGAAGCAGCGGAAGCAGCAGCAACAACUGUUGGGACGCCAUGGCCUAAAGGCAGCACCAGCUGCAGCUUUGGAGGCUACGGGUCAGCUACGCGCAACGGUGGGCAGGUUCCCCUUUGCUGCUAUUGUGGCCUCCCCCUACGGCCCCCAGCUGUCAGCAACCUGAGGGGAGGAGGCGCAGAAUCUGGGUGUCCCUUGGCAGCAGCUGCAGCAGCUGCUGCUGCACUCGGAUUAGAUGGAUGGACUCAGUGGUGUCGUUGCUGUACUCGAGUGUACGGAGACCUGCGUCUACAGCAUCAGCGAAAUGCAACGGGGCUUCCCUUUAAGUCGUUCUCUGUGCCGAAAGCACCUCUACGAUACCUGCUACUGCCUGCAGAUGGAGCCAAGGACACGCCUGGGGGUGCGGGGGCAGUUGCGGCUGCACUCGCUGCUGCAGCUGUUGCGGACCCACGCCGAAGCAAAUUGAACGAUGACAACGGUGCCACCGCUUCUGCCGAGGCAGAUGGCGAUUCGGUUGGUGUCAGUACGACUUGCACGCCUAACAGCAGCAGCAAGAGUAGCAGCAUGGGAAAUACAGCGCCUCUUAGACGUACACGCAGUGGCCAUCACUUUGCUAGAGCACCGACUGCCCGCAGCAGCAGUCGGGGCAGCAACAACCCAUCAGAUAUAAUGCGAUUCAUGGGGGCCUCUUGCUGCUGGCCCAGCAGCGUUUCUAGUGUUAGUUAUGUGCAGCCGCUUGCGCGUAUUCAACAACGGCUGACUCAACUACAGCAACGCUAUGCGGACCAGGCACCGCAGCUCCAACAGCAGCAGCAGCGAGGCUCAGCUGAAGUACCUGCCUUGCCUGCGUUGCAGCCAGUGCCGGUAGAUGGUGUCAAGCUGCCUUCUCUGUCCAGUGCAGCUCCGGCAAACUCAUCUCUAGCAGCGGCACCAGCGUCGGCAGCAUCAUCGUUAAGAGUGGAAACAGAAACUGUUGCAAGUGCGGGGGCCAAGGCUCAGGGUGCUUCACCUACGUCCGAAGCCCAGAGGCUUGUUGACGUUGGAGAAGCCAAAGCAGCAUCGGUAAGCUUGGCCGACACAGGAUUAUCGACGGCGCCAGCAAACACAACAGCAGUAGCAGCACAAGAAGCAGCAAAACCAGGACAACGCCUUGCUCCAGCGGAUGCACCUGCGACAGCUAACUUCAGGUCCCCGUGUUCUACCGGUACCUCCCAAGCCAGCCAUGCUUCAAGGCUGCCGGCAGCCAAGACAGAGACGUCCACUGCGAAGUCCCGCACCGUGGUUAUUCCUCGGGUGUACCUGGAGAGCAGCUCAGACUGUUACGUAGCGACCGCCUUUGAUUCAGUGCAACAGCUGCUCCUUCAAAAGCGCUUCUGCUGCACAGUGCUGGGGGAGCAGAGAGCGCAUGCUCUGGCUUGUCAGUGGCUGAGGUGGGUGAGUAAAGGCGCCGCAUCGGCAGCGCAGAAGUCUCAAAUGCCGCAUGUGCAAGUAAACACAGUUUCGGGGGUACAGGCGGCCCCCGCUGCUGCUGCUGCAGCAUAUCCAUCAUCCGCUUUGCUCGCAGAUGGCCUCGCCACGGUACCCACAGUGGCUGCAUCACCAGGGCGCAGGGCGGCGGCUGGCGGAUUGUGGGGAAUGCGUCGAGGGCCUCAUCGGGCUGACACUGGAGGCUUGCCUCAGCAUCACGAGAAUCUUCGGAGCGAGCGACACCUCAAGCGGCGCCGCCGUUGCGGGGAGACUCUAGAAGGCAGUGACCGCGACGAUGGGUCAUUUCCUAGCCAGCGUUUUGCUGCUGCUGCUACCCAGUGCCAGCGGAUGGAAGAGGUAUAG